GGAGGGGAGAGAAAGAGAGAGGGGAAGUACAGAGGAUCGAUUUGACGUUGACAGGAGUAGAACGUGCCGCCGAUACUUCGGGUACGGUCAACGCUGGCUCUCCCGCUACCCUGAAGAAGGAAGAUUCCACCUUCAAGCAUGGCCUCGGUGGCAGCGUGGCUGCCAUUCGCCCGUGCGGCGGCGAUCGGCUGGGUACCGAUCGCCACACAUCCACUGCCACCGCCGCCGAUUCCGAAGGAUCGGCGCAAGGCCGACGACGAGAAGCUGCUGAUCAACGUGAGCGGCCGUCGGUUCGAAACGUGGCGUAACACCCUGGAGAAGUAUCCGGACACGCUGCUCGGUUCGAACGAGCGCGAGUUCUUUUACGAUGAAGAGAGCAAGGAGUACUUCUUUGACCGGGAUCCGGAUAUCUUCCGACAUAUUCUCAACUAUUAUAGGACUGGUAAGCUACAUUAUCCGAAGCACGAGUGCCUGACGAGCUAUGACGAGGAGCUGGCGUUCUUCGGUAUCUUACCGGAUGUGAUCGGUGAUUGUUGUUAUGAGGACUAUCGGGAUCGCAAGCGCGAGAAUGCCGAGCGGCUGAUGGACGAUAAGCUGAGCGAGAACGGUGACCAGAACCUCCAGCAGCUGCUCGACAUCCGGCAGAAGAUGUGGCGGGCCUUCCAGAAUCCGCACAUCUCUACCGCCGCGUUGGUGUUCUACUACGUCACCGGGUUCUUCAUCGCCGUGAGCGUGCUGGCGAACGUGGUGGAGACCGUGCCGUGCGGCAAUCGUCCGGGCCGCGCCGGUACUCUCUCGUGCGGUGAGCGUUACAAAAUCGUGUUCUUCUGCCUGGACACCGCGUGCGUGAUGAUCUUCACGGCCGAGUACCUGCUGAGGCUGUUCGCCGCGCCCAGCCGGUGCAAAUUCGCGCGCUCCGUGAUGUCGAUCAUCGACGUGGUUGCGAUACUGCCGUAUUACAUCGGACUCGGGAUCACCGACAACGACGACGUGUCGGGCGCGUUCGUGACGCUCCGGGUGUUCCGCGUGUUCCGUAUCUUCAAGUUCUCGCGCCACUCGCAGGGACUACGUAUCCUGGGCUACACUCUAAAGUCCUGCGCCUCCGAGUUGGGUUUCCUCGUGUUCUCGCUCGCGAUGGCCAUCAUCAUCUUCGCCACCGUCAUGUUCUACGCGGAAAAGAACGUCGACGGCACCAAUUUUACCUCGAUACCUUCCGCCUUCUGGUAUACCAUCGUUACGAUGACUACGCUGGGCUACGGUGACAUGGUUCCGAAAACGAUUGCGGGAAAAAUCGUCGGGGGUGUAUGCUCCUUGAGCGGUGUCCUAGUGAUCGCUUUACCGGUACCUGUUAUCGUCAGUAACUUCAGCAGAAUAUAUCAUCAAAACCAACGUGCUGACAAGCGGAAGGCGCAGAGGGUGAGUAAAGCCAGAUUAGCACGUAUCAGAAUCGCGAAGGCGUCGAGCGGCGCUGCCUUCGUGAGUAAAAAGAAAGCAGCGGAAGCGCGUUUGGCCGCUCAGGAGAGCGGACUGCAGCUGGAGGAGUUCUACAAGGAGGAGGAUAUCUUCGAGCUGCAGCAUCAUCACCUACUCCGUUGUUUGGAGAAGACCACGGACCGCGAAUUCGUGGAGAUGGAGGUGCCGUACAACGGCGCCCCGAAGAGGCCGGGCUCGCCAUCGCCCCUGACCUCCCCCGCGCACAGCACUGCCUCCAGGGGCGGCCUGCUGCAGUCCUGCUGCGGGCGCUGCUACCCCCAACGUUACCAGAGCCUGUCCUAUCAGCUUACCUCGAACGAGAGCAAGGACAGAGUGGUGCUCAUAUACGGCGACCGUAUACAGGUGCGGAAAAAGGACCUAAAGAAGCGCGAUUCCCACCUCUGCGACAUGCAGGCCCUACAGCCACUUCCGGCCCCCACCAACACCGCCAACACCGCGCCCACCAUGACUACUUCCGGUGGGCAGCCACCGCUCCCGGUAUCGGAGACCGUAUGAAUCAUGACGAUCACGAGAACCGAUCACGAUCGUCCGUGUGCGCGAUGCGCUAGCCACGCAUUACCACACCACCACUCACCUAUAACCGCCGUCCUCCUCCACACCUGUGCUCGCUGAACCCGAUGAACGAACCACGGCUGACCACGGCCGAAGCAACGCGAGAUCAUGCUGAAUAGCAAACCAAUUGAAUCGUUCGAAGAUCAAUUGACGAUCGGGAAGAAUGGUGAUUUAUGAUCGAUCAGCGGGCGUAAAACAAUUUUCCGAGAUUACGUUCGCUUCGUUUACUACCUUGAAAUACAACAUGAAGCCGAGAGAGCAUAGCCGUUCGCGGCUCAGGGCCGUCGGAUGAGUUCCGAGUGCAGGCAAUUUUUCCGGAUUUGCGUCGGCUUUCUCUGACGCGGCCUAGUUUCGUCGCAGAGGUUCGCUGAAUCAAGCUACAACAAGGCAAUCUUUUCCGUAAUAAAAAACGAGCCGUUUGCAUCGAUGCCACGCGACGAUGGAGAUCGUCAUCAGGUUCAGCGGUACUCCCGAUCCUCGAUUUCACAAGCGGAUCGAUUCGCUUCUCUGGGAGGAUGAUUAUUCGUUAUUCGACGGGAUGUGGAGAGCAUUUGGGAGGAUCUACGCCAUCGCGAUGCGGAUCGAUUGCUAUCGAAGUGCGAGGACCGACGUGCGGUUCCUCCUCUACGAUCGUAGUUCUGUUAAAAUUUACGUCAUAAUUCGCUGAUUUCCGUUUGACGGAAAAAGAACGUCUCGUGUUAGCAACAUUCUCGUUGCAAUCGCAAUAUCUGGUUGCAUGCCGGGCGAAUUUCUGCAGGAAGAGGAAAAGCGAUCGAACCUUUCCUGUGGGAAUUCUUUCGCGUCGUGACAAUUAAAUGAAAUAAUUGAUUAAAUCGCGCCAGCGAUAAGUUCACAAAAUGGGUGACUCAGGUGCGGUUGAUUGAUCGCAAUUAGGGUCCGCAAUUACGGGAUUUGUCCUUCUGCGGGAUUGAGUGAGUCCAGGGGGAGGGUUUCGCAACAUGUUACUUCGCGUCAGGCCGUCCCUUAAAUAAUGUUCUUUCAGUGAAGGAAAAGAAAAGAACGAUUGUUUGUUGCGAUUAUUUAUUAUUCGAAUACUACAGAGAAUUUAUUAAUCGCAUCAGAAUAUUAGAAAUUCACUGGCGUAACAUCGAUGUUACUUGACGUAAACUUCACGAAUUUUAAUGCUUAUUAUAUUUGUGGAAAAGAUAGUUAGGAAUCUAUACGAAUAUUUUGCAAUUAACUGCAGCUUGUAUUUAUUACCAUAUUUGAUUUUCUUCUCUUGUCUUUGCAACUGUCUUUGUAUCGUACGAUUAUAAUUCACAAUCAGGCAAUAUUUAACUAAUUAAGCAAGAACAAAAUACAAAUUUAAACAUGUCCGUUACAUUAUCAGAAUUGCAUUAAAAGAAUAAAACUUUUUAUCGUAAAGACUACUACGAAAUUUUGUAAUUAUGAACUCUCACAGGAUAAAACUCUCAAGUGCCUACUCAGUUUCAUCAAAUUAUAUAAAUUUAAUAAUUUUUAACAUGUAUUAAUAUGUAUAUAAAUUAUUAUGCAAAGCUAUAUAUGUAUAUAUGUGCUAAUUUAAUGUAAAGUAUUUAAAUGAAAUCGAUAAUUUUUAAUAUGUUGUUAGAAACAUUUUUAUAAUCAAUCUUCUUAAGUGCUGUCAAAUAAAAUCAUGAUAUAAUGUUUAAUGCACAUAUUACGCGUUUGUAUCUUGUUAUUUAUUAUUAAUAUAAAUAUUUUUAAGCAUUCUCAUAAAAAAUAAUGUCUUUAAAAAAUAUUAUUAAUUUGAUUAUAUAAAAAAAAUAGAAAUAUUAAUUUAUUAAUGAAAACAUAAUUACAUUAUACAAAAUUUAUAAGGAUAUUGUUGAAGGUUCUCAUAAAAAGAUUUUUACAAUAUGCUUUUAAAACUAUAUUGUAAAAAGUUCUUUUUUAAAAUGAAAAUCUGUAAGAAUUUUCAACAGCGAACUAUUAUUUAUUUAAAAUGUUAAAAAAGAUAUGAUGACGCAAGCUGGAAGACAAUGUGAAAUCACGAGAAAAAGAGAUAGAACAUAUCAAAAAUACAAAUAUGAAACGUGGGAAAACAUUAAAUAAUAUAAAAUUGAUGAAAUCAUCUGGUAUUCUAAGACUGUUGCUUUCAAAUAAUCAAUAUGAAAGCAAACGAUUAAAACAAGCAUCGAAAAGAAAA